AUGAGUAAUUCAUCGACAGAGAUAGAUAGAAUAAUUGAUACUCUCGAUUUUAACUAUUGUAUUAAAGUACGUUUGAUAUUGAUUAUUUAUUUCUAUCGAUGUGAUCGUACUUUAUUGAUCGUUAAAAUGGGUGAUUAG